AUGUCAGCAGAUAGCAUUGAAAGACAGAAGUUUGCUAAAUUUAAUGAAGAAUAAGUUCUUGAUAAUCAAGAUUAGUCUACGACAACUUAGUUUAAAUAAAGUAGCAAUGCUCUUUCCACAACUUCUGCUUUCACUGAAAACAAUUGUAAGAUCAAACCAAUUAAAACUUAAAGAAGUCUCUUGACUCUAACCCCGUAAAUCAGUUAAAGAAGGGGUUCUCAAUCUUUGGCCGACCAGACUAUGAGAAAUGACGAUGGCCAUUUUGCUUAAAACCAUUAUGAUAAAAAAUGUCUCUAUAUGAUAUAUUGGUAUGAUUCUAAUAUUGAUCAUAAAUAUGAGAUCCCAAUUAAAACUAAUAACUUUUAAAUCACAAUUGGAGAUCUGAUUUAACUAGCGAUAGCUUAAUUUAAUGAAUAAAAUGAAUAUUUACAAACUCCAUUUUCAUCAGAUGUAAAUAAUUAAUAUUUGUAUGAAUUGUACAUUCCAAAAAAGAAAAAAGGAACUCCUAAUGAAGAUUUUCCAUCCUUUGCCAAUUCAACCCUGCUAUCCUAAACUAAUCAAACAGAGUUUUCUCUUAAAGUAACUCAAAAACAAUCGAAAUAUUCAACUAGCCUUUCCAAUUCCAAGCAUUCUUCUGCAAUCAAGCAAAAUGAAAAAUAAGGAGUAGGUUCUAAGAAUUCUAGUUCAAAGAAGAAAAACCUAUUUCAAAAGCUAUUUUUUUGCUGUAAUCAAACAGAAGAGUAUUGAAAUGUUUCGAAGGAUAACUGUUUAAUGCUUAUAAUAUUUAACAAAUUAAUAAGAAUUCAUCAAUUGAGUUUUUAAA